UGUUAAGAUGGGAAGAACUCCAUGCUGUUCUAAGGUGGGUUUGCAUAGAGGUCCAUGGACUGCUCGAGAAGAUAAAAUUCUUAUCAACUACAUUCGUGCACAUGGUGAAGGCCAUUGGAGAUCUCUACCUAAGAAAGCUGGGCUGCUUAGAUGUGGAAAGAGCUGCAGACUGCGAUGGAUGAACUAUCUCCGGCCAGAUAUAAAGCGAGGGAACAUCACUUCCGACGAAGAAGACCUAAUCAUCCGCCUUCAUACACUUCUCGGUAAUCGUUGGUCCCUCAUUGCUGGAAGAUUGCCGGGCCGAACGGACAAUGAAAUCAAGAACUACUGGAACUCCCAUCUCAGCAAAAGGCUCAACAACAAGAACACUUCAUCAGCAACUUAUAAUAAAGAGAAAUGUUCAGUUACUUGUGAGCCAAGAAACAACACUAGUAUCUCUAAACUUAACAAGAUGAAGGGUAAAAAUCCAGAAAAUGCAAAUCAUGAAGAGAAUUAUACAAAGACCAAGAUUCAUCUUCCAAAGGCAGUUAGGGUUUCUUCAGCUGUCUCAGUUAGCUUGAACAGCAAGGAAAGUGGAUCAUCAGGGUUUGAUGAGGCAGAGGUUCAAAAUCUUCCAUGGGAAUGGUCUGGUUUAGAGAUAAGUGAACCCAAUGAUGAUCAAAAUGUUGUAUAUGGGUAUGUGUCUUCAUGCCAAAACGACAUAGAAACAAAUGAGAACAUGUUGGAUGAGAUAUUUGAAGAAUAUGAACAGCUUCUACAAACAGAUACUGAUGCUGAGUUGGACUGCUUUAUUGAUUCACUAUUGGUUUGAGUUUUUUUAUAUUUUAAGAAAUUAAAGGAACAGAGCACUAAUGCAAUGGAAUAAUGUUGUUGCUUCCUUUUGUUUAGAUUUCCCAUUGCUUGUACCUUUAAGGGAAGAGUAAUAA